AUGAUCAACUUUAUCAUCAUCUUCAACAGACAGGGCAAGAUCCGCCUGACGAGGUGGUACCAAUACAUGACCGACAAACAAAAGGCGUCGCUCAGUCAGGACGUCGUAACACAGAUCCUUGCACGAAAGCGCGGCAUGUGCAAUAUCCUCGAGCUCGAAGGCAGGCGUGAAACGCGAGGCAAGGCCAUCUACAAGAGAUAUGCAUCGUUGUUCUUCUGCUUUGGUAUCGACUGGAACGAUAAUGAGCUGUCAGGACUGGAGGUACUGCACAAGUAUGUCGAAUGUCUGGAUCAGUACUUUGGAAACGCAUAUCAAGUCAUGGACGAGAUGCUGCUGGGAGGACAUGCGCAGGAGACCAACAAAAAGGUCGUGGUCAAGCAUUGCAAAGGAUUCGACAAACUCGAGGAAUCAGACAGCAUCGUCCACAACCUCCGAGCGUCCAACAUUGCCUGA